AUGGCUUCUCCCCACUCCGCCGCCUCCCACCCCUCCAAUCCCUUCGAAGGUCCGGCCCCACCCCCGGUGGAGGUCGUCCGCGAUCUCGACAUCUUCGCCCGCGUGCUCGUCGUUCUUGACUACGCCACCUCCACCUACUACGCCUGGAAAACCUACUUCUCCCUCGUCUUCCGUGAGUACCACCUCAUCAAUCACGACACCUUCCACACCAUUGUUUGCGACACUGAUGACGCGCAGACGGUGUGGGCGAAGCUGAACGGGCUCUUCCUCGACAACGCCCUCCAGCGCCGCGUGUUUCUUCAGCAGGAAUUUUUUGGCUGCCAUCAGCUUGACUCGUGCAUCGACGAUUAUUGCAUGCGCCUUAAGAAACUUGCUGACGAACUUCGCGACCUUGGGGAGCGGGUCUCCGACGACCUCCUCCUCAGCACGCUCACCGCCGGUCUGAACGAGGAGUUCGGCAACGCGGCCUCCAACCUCACAUUCCUCCCGGACCCGACCUUUCCUCGGGUCGUGGCCUAUCUUCGGUUGGAGGAGAGGAGGAUGAAGAUGGUGAAGUCCCGGGCCACGCACACGGCUCUCGCGGCUGGCACCUCCCGCGCCGCUCCUCCAACGGCGCCGCAGCCGCCGCGACCUCCGCCGCCGCCGCCAGCAUCGUACUUCCUUGGGGAACACGCUCAUCGCCUUCGCCUCCCUAGGGUUUCAUGA